UUUCUCGAUCGCUAGCUAGCCAUGGGAAGCAACAAGGAUUUUAGGAGUGUGAUCACUUGUUUCCUCAUAUUGGGGCUAGUCCUGGCGCAGGUCCUCCAUGUAGAGGGAAAGAGUUGCUGCCGGUCCCACUCGGGAAGAGACUGCUACACGACUUGCUCUCUCGCUGGUGCUUCUAAGUACAAGUGCGCGUCUCUCUGUCAUUGUAUAAAUGUAGAUGAAGAUGGAAAUUGCCCAGGUGGGUAUCCUCAUCUGCACAAUCACUCUGACUCCGAUACACCAAAUGCCAUCAAGUUCUGCAACGUGGGAUGCAGGUUAUCCGUCUGUGACAACAUGAACAUCGUUCAUCAUCACGGUGAAGAGGCGAAUGUGGAUGCGGAACUCUGCGGCAGUGUUUGUGCCCGUUUCUGCAACAAGAUUGCCGUCGGCACAUCCAUUGCGGCCUAAUGAUGCACUCACGUGCAUGAUGCCCAAGGCCAAGGUCAUGUUACUAUUUCGGUCCAACAAACAUGGAUUGAUGGAUAUAUAUACCAUCCACCGUAUAUCCAAAGUCAGUGUGUCGUGUUAUUUAUGUAUGUGUCAAUGUGUGUGUUUUCC